GUAAGCCGUAGUUUGAUAUGGUUUGACUUGUUUCCUCCAACGGGACUCGUUAGAGACGCGCGCAAGCACUCGUGUCUUAAUUUAGGUGGACUCACAGUCCGCAGAAUAAUGGAUGAAUACUGUUUUUGAAGCAGUCAGAACUCCGCCGUGAAGUCUUCACUGGGAAGCUUUUUUUUUUUUUUCUUAACUACCUGUACUUUUUUUUUUCUUCCAAAGGUAGUCUCGUCGAAUAAAGCGUCGGAUAGCGCAGAAUGUGGACAGAUCAAGAACUGCGUAAAGCGGCUGAAGUGGAAGUGAGAAAGACUUUAGUGUGAGGCUGAGAAUGUGGUGGGGACAGCACGGGGCAACUGGGCUGCAAGUUUUCUGAGCUUGGAGAUUUGACGAGGGCGCAACAAGAGCGGAAAGUGUUAACGCUGCGCGCUGGAGCGGACCUGCAGAUCAGCGCAUUCACUCAUAUCAUAUUUGCCUCAAAUCAAACUAUAUGAACAGUCAGCAAAAGAGGACAAAUCUUAUUUAAGGACAAUCACACAGUUGACAAAAAAAAGAAAAAAAACACUGGAUCCAAAUUAACCUAAAGCACUUUCCCCCCUCCCAAGUUAUUCGACUGCAUCAUCUCCGAUCCUUUUCCCUUCAUCAUUUGCAAUUCUGAUUCCCGAAGUGGCUCCGAAGUGGUGUUGCGGCUCCUCGUCCCCGGCGGAUCCGGAGAUUGGAGUCUCUGCACCGGGAGGAGGCGGAGUCGGAGCUUCGGCCACACCGCAGGCUCCCAAGAGCGGCCGUGUUAAAAGGAUGGUGCGACUGGCGGCGGAACUGCUGCUGCUCCUGGGACUUCUUCUCCUUACCUUGCACAUCACAGUGCUGCGGAGCAGUCCGCUGCCCCAGGGAAAUCUAACUCUGAGCCUGGAUCAAGACACAGCACUUACAGAGCAGAACAAUAUAAAUGCAAAAAGCAGCUCCUCUGCCCAGCUGGCUCCAGAAGACCGGAGGUCUGGUCCAGAACACAGGUUGACCCACCGGCCUGCCACCCUCCCGUGGGCACAAGGCAGCAACGUACACAGGGACGGCCCCGGAGCUUUCCUACUAGAUCUGCACAAUUUCCCUGACCUCUCCAAAGCCGAUAUCAAUGGACAGAAUCCCAACAUACAGGUGACUAUUGAAGUGGUGGAUGGACUGGAGGGUCAUGAGCCAGAAAAAGGCCUCCGUAAGGAAACCAAACCCAACUGGGCUUCUCCCAACUGGAGAAACUGGUGGCCUCACUCUUCUUCAUCUUCUUCCUCUUCCACCACUCACCAAACAGAGGAGCAUGAUCGCUCUUACGGAAGCAACAGCGAAGACAGCAACUUCCUCAGGCCGCCGGCAGACUGGGACAGGAGAGGAGGCACCGGGGGAGGAAGCAAAGCUCAAACUGAAUAUGACUAUAUGGACGGAGAGGGGGACUGGAGCAACUGGACGGCGUGCAGUGUCACCUGCGGAAAUGGCAACCAGAAGAGAACCAGGUCAUGUGGUUAUGCCUGUACAGCAACCGAGUCCAGAACUUGCGAUAUGCCCAACUGCCCAGGUAUUGAAGAUGCUUUCAAGACAGCAGCUACUGAAGUGAGCCUGUUAGCUGGAACAGAUGAGUUCAAUGCCACAGAGCUCUUUGGUGUUGACACCGACAGCUGCGAGCGAUGGAUGAACUGCAAGAGCGACUUCUUGAAGAAAUACAUGACCAAGGUGGCAAACGACCUUCCCAGCUGCCCUUGCUCUUACCCAACUGAGGUGGCGUACAGUACGGCAGACGUACACGAUGCUCCCACGCGCCGAGAUUUCCGUUGGAAAGAUGCCAGCGGGCCAAAAGAGAAGCUGGAGAUCUACAAGCCCACAGCCCGUUACUGCAUCCGCUCCAUGCUGACGCUGGAGUCCACCACGCUGGCAGCGCAGCACUGCUGCUACGACGACAACAUGAAGCUCAUCACUCGCGGCAAAGGGGCCGGCACGCCCAACCUCAUCAGCACGGAGUUCUCCGCCGACCUGCACUACAAGGUGGACAUCCUGCCCUGGAUCAUCUGCAAAGGAGACUGGAGCCGCUACAACCAGGCCAGGCCACCAAACAACGGGCAAAAGUGUCCCGACAACCCUCAGGAUGAGGACUACUACAAACAGUUUGAAGAAGCAAGGGAAUUCUAGCCCGCAGUAGAGUGAAAGGAAAAACACACACUGCUUAAAUAUUCAGCUAAACCUCGAAAAUGGUGCUGAAACCAUUUUUUUUCUUCUGUUUUAGGUCAAAUAACACAUGAACUUUUAGGCUCUGAGGAACAAGACUUACUGCUCUUUUGAAUCAAGAGGAAUAAAAAUCCAACAGAGUCUGAACGCACAAGGAACUUUUCUUGACUUCACCAAAACCAAGCACGAAACGUUGCUUUGUUUUUUAAUAUUUGUUUGUUUUGUUUUUUUAUAAAAGAUGCCUCUAAAAUAAUGAAUGAAAAUUUUGCCAGUAAUCUUGUCACCAUUUAUAACUCAGAUUUGGUCACUAAAGGGAGAACUGAGUUUAUAUUCUUAAAAAGGGAAAAUUAUUAUUCUAGGAACCUUCGUUUAGAUUGUGUCCAUGUCCGUCUCCAUAGAUUGUUUAUGUUUGGUGAGAGGCCUGUGGUAAUAGAAUAAUGAGAUCCAUCAGGAAUGUGUUGGGGGGCUUUACCAUUUCACAAUAUCCAGGUUCUCAUGUAAGCUUGUGAGUUUAUUUAGCAUGCACAUUUUUUUUUCCUCACCAUUAAUUUACAACCGUGUCCCUUGUGUCUCUGAGGCAGAUCUUCAUUGUAAAAAGCCUGCAUUAUUUUUGUAAAGUAUUUAUUAAGUUGUAGCUGUGUCUGAGUUGGGUGUCUAUGACUGUGGUUUCUGAUUCACAUAUGGCUGAAUGCUAACUUGAGAUCCCUCUCUAGCUCAAACGUUGCCAUCAAUGUGCUUAUCCAUUUCUCAAGUUAGGAUUAAACCAUAAUAGAGCGUAAAGAAUGUGUGAAUUCAACUGUACGGAAAGAUUUUUGAGAUAUAAAUCUAUGAAUAAAUUUUUAAAAAGCCAA